AUGCUCAUCGCCUCGCUGCUGCUGCUGCUUGCCCAGCAGGGCCAAGCAGUGCCGGUGAGCGGCCCCUCGGCCCGGUCCCUCUUGGGCGGUUUCCUGAACCCCAUUCUCGAGGUCCUGCAAAGCGCUCUCAGCGGCGCCGGGCUCACCCAGGCUGCCCUGGGUGCUCUCAACGGCGCCUCCGGCAAGACUGCUACCUACGACUAUGUUGUCAUCGGCGGUGGCACCGCUGGCAAUGCCGUUGCGGUCCGGCUUGCCCAGGCCGGCCACCAGGUUGCCGUCGUCGAGGCCGGCACCUUCUACGAGAUUGCGAAGCCUCUCCUGGGAACCACUCCGGCUGGCGACAUCAUUGGCGUUGGCAGCAGCAUGCUGGACUCGAACCCCCUGAUCGACUGGGAAUUCCAGACCGAGCCCCAGGCCGGCGCCAACAACCGCAAGAUGCACUACCUGCGCGGCAAGGCCCUCGGAGGCACGUCGACUGUCAGCUUCAUGGUCCACCACCGCGGCACCGUCGGCGCGUACCAGAAGUGGGCGGACGAGGUUGGCGACGAUUCUUACACUUUCGACAACCUGGUGCCUCACUUCCAGAAGGCCGUUCACUUCACUCCCCCGGACAUGUCGAAGCGCCCGGCCAACACGACGCCCGUGUACGACGCGACCGCCUUCAGCGGCUCCAACGACGGCCCGAUCCACGUCAGCUACACCAACUACGUCGCGCCCUUCACGACGUGGUACGCAAAGGCCGCCGAGAAGCUGGGCCUCAAGACGAACCCAGACUUCAGCAGUGGCUCCCUCAUGGGCACGCACUACGCGCAGGUCAACAUCCGCCCCAGCGACGCCACCCGCAGCAGCUCGGCCUCGUACAUCUACGCGGCCAAGGCUGCGGGCCUCGACAACCUCAAGGUCUACACCCAGACCAUGGCCCGCAAGAUCCUCUUCAACUCUGACCGCCGCGCCACCGGCGUCCAGGUCACAUCUCUCGGCGUCACCUACACGCUGAGCGCGACCCGCGAGGUCGUCCUCUCGGCGGGCGCGUUCCAGAGCCCCCAGCUCCUGCAAGUCUCCGGCAUCGGCCAGUCGAGCACCCUUUCCAAGUUUGGCAUCCCCGUCAUCUCGGAGCUCGCCGGCGUGGGCCAGAACAUGUGGGACCACGUCUUCUUCGGCCCCUCGUUCGAGAUCAAGUUCGACACCCUCGCGGCGACGCUCUACAACCCGCUCAAGCUCCUGUCCGCGCUGUCCCAGUACGCGACCAAGCAGUCGGGCCCGCUGUCGUCCAACGUGUGCGAGUUCAUCGGCUGGGAGAAGCUGCCGGCCAAGUACCGGGCCAACUUCUCGGCCGAGACGACCGAGGCCCUCGCGCAGUUCUCCGACGACUGGCCCGAGGUCGAGCACCUGCCCGCGAGCGGCUUCCUGGGCGACUUCACCUUCCCCUUGCUCCAGCAGCCCCUGGACGGCAAGCAGGUGGCCACCGUCCUGGGCGCGCUGGUCAGCCCCGUCUCGCGCGGCAACGUGACGAUCCAGUCGGCCUCGACCGACGACCUGCCGCUCAUCAACCCCAACUGGCUGACGGCCAAGGCCGACCAGGAGGUCGCGGUGGCUUGGUUCCGCCGCGCGCGCGAGGCGUGGGCGGCGCUCAGCGACAUCACCAAGGGCGACGAGUACUGGCCCGGAUCGCGGCACCAGACCGACGCCCAGAUCCUCGCCGUCAUCCAGGACAGCCUGCAGACCGUGUGGCACGCCUCGGGCACGUGCAAGAUGGGCAAGGCGUCGGACCCCAUGGCCGUCAUCGACAGCAGGGCCCGCGUCUACGGCGUCCAGGCCCUCCGCGUCGUCGACGCCAGCAGUUUCCCACUGCUGCCCCCGGGGCACCCGCUCGCCACCAUCUAUGCGCUGGCCGAGAAGAUUGCGGACGACAUGAUCAACAACUCGUCGGAAUGA